GGAACUGAAUUUUAUUGCUUUCAUUUGCAGACGGAGUACUUAUUAUGACGGGCGGUAAAUGCAUGUGGUCUUUUUUCUUGUGGAGUGUUAUGAGCGACCAAUAUUAAAAUAAGGGACUCAUGGAGUAAAGUACAUUGCAAGUUAAUAACUGAAACCUGACGGAUGUUUUGUUUGGCUUGAAGUCAGGUAGUUGCUUUUGAAUAUGGAAGCGUUAUCUGAAGAGUUUGGGGACUUAAGUCAUGAAAAAUUAGUAGCGCCUGUCAACACUGUUGAAGAGAAAUGGAAGCUGCUUCCAGCAUUUCUAAAGAUAAAGGGUCUUGUGAAACAGCACAUCGACUCUUUCAACUACUUUAUCAAUGUGGAGAUAAAGAAAAUCAUGAAGGCAAAUGAGAAAAUUACCAGUGAUGCAGACCCAAUGUGGUACUUAAAGUAUCUCAAUAUUUAUGUAGGUAUUCCAGAUGUGGAGGAAAGUUUUAACGUAACCAGGCCAGUUUCUCCACAUGAGUGUCGCCUCAGAGAUAUGACCUAUUCUGCACCAAUUACUGUGGAUAUUGAGUACACGAGAGGUAGCCAAAGGAUCAUUCGCAAUGCAUUACCAAUUGGCAGAAUGCCCAUCAUGCUGCGUAGCUCCAACUGUGUGCUUACUGGGAAAACACCUGCUGAGUUUGCCAAACUGAAUGAAUGCCCUCUAGAUCCAGGCGGCUACUUCAUUGUGAAGGGUGUAGAAAAAGUGAUCCUUAUCCAGGAACAGUUGUCAAAAAACCGUAUCAUCGUGGAGGCUGACAGGAAAGGAACAGUAGGGGCCUCUGUGACUAGCUCCACCCAUGAGAAGAAAAGCAGAACAAACCUAAUUGUGAAACAAGGAAGGUUUUAUUUGAGGCAUAACACCUUGUCUGAAGACAUUCCAAUUGCAGUCAUAUUUAAGGCCAUGGGUGUUGAGAGUGACCAGGAGAUUGUGCAGAUGAUUGGUACAGAGGAGCAUGUAGUAGCCGCUUUCGCUACAAGCUUAGAAGAGUGCCAGAAGGCUCAGAUUUUCACACAGAUGCAGGCAUUAAAAUACAUAGGGAACAAAGUACGAAGGCAACGUCUUUGGGGAGGAGGUGGACAAAAGAAGACGAGGAUGGAAGAGGCGCGGGAGUUGUUGGCAUCAACAGUUUUAACUCACGUUCCUCUUCUUUCCUUACUGUUUGAAGAUCUGUUUAAGAAGUUCAACUCUGAGUUGAAGAAGAUUGCAGACCAAAUCAUCCCUAAACAACGAGCUGCUCAGUUUGAUGUGGUAAAGCAUAUGCGACAGGACCAGAUCACCAAUGGUAUGGUGAAUGCCAUUUCUACUGGGAACUGGUCUCUGAAGAGAUUUAAGAUGGACCGCCAAGGUGUAACCCAGGUGCUGUCUCGUUUGUCUUACAUUUCUGCACUGGGCAUGAUGACUCGAAUUUCUUCUCAGUUUGAGAAGACCAGAAAAGUGAGUGGCCCUCGUUCUUUGCAGCCGUCUCAGUGGGGUAUGCUGUGCCCAUCUGACACCCCUGAAGGAGAAGCCUGCGGUCUAGUGAAGAACCUAGCUCUGAUGACCCAUAUUACAACUGACAUGGAGGAUGGCCCGAUUAUCAAGUUAGCCUUCAACUUGGGUGUAGAAGAUGUGAAUCUGCUGUGUGGUGAAGAGCUUUCCUACCCAAAUGUCUUUGUUGUAUUCCUGAAUGGAAAUAUCCUUGGUGUCAUUCGGGAUCAUCAGAAACUUGUGAAUACUUUCAGGUUGAUGCGCCGAGCAGGUUACAUCAAUGAAUUUGUUUCCAUCUCCACAAACCUUACAGACCGUUGUGUAUAUAUCUCCUCAGAUGGGGGAAGACUUUGCAGACCUUAUAUUAUCGUAAAGAAUAGAAAGCCUGCAGUCACCAACAAACACAUUGAGGAGUUAUCCCAAGGAUACAGGUCAUUUGAAGAUUUCCUACAUGAGAGCUUGGUUGAGUACCUUGAUGUGAAUGAGGAGAAUGACUGUAACAUUGCACUUUAUGAGCAUAUGAUUAACAAAGAUACAACACACUUGGAAAUAGAGCCAUUCACACUCCUGGGAGUUUGCGCUGGACUUAUUCCAUAUCCACACCAUAACCAGUCCCCAAGGAACACAUAUCAGUGUGCUAUGGGGAAGCAAGCUAUGGGUACCAUUGGCUACAAUCAGCGAAAUAGAAUUGAUACACUUAUGUACCUUCUAGCCUAUCCUCAGAAACCAAUGGUUAAAACAAAGACAAUUGAACUAAUUGAUUUUGAGAAGUUACCAGCUGGCCAGAAUGCUACGGUUGCAGUCAUGAGCUACAGUGGUUAUGAUAUUGAAGAUGCUCUUGUCCUCAACAAGGCGUCACUGGAUAGAGGUUUUGGAAGAUGCCUCGUAUACAAAAAUGCGAAAUGCACUUUAAAAAGGUACACUAACCAGACGUUUGAUAAAGUGAUGGGACCGAUGUUGGAUGCAGCAACCCGUAAGCCUAUCUGGCGUCAUGAUAUUUUAGAUGCUGAUGGCAUUUGCUCACCAGGUGAAAAGGUGGAAAACAAGCAGGUUCUUGUGAACAAAUCUAUGCCUACCGUUACCCAGACACCUCUAGAAGGAGCCGCCCAAAUGCAGCAACCACAGUACAGAGAUGUUCCUAUCACAUACAAAGGAACAACAGAUUCUUACAUUGAAAAGGUAAUGAUUUCCUCCAAUGCAGAAGAUGCUUUCUUGAUCAAAAUUUUACUGAGACAAACACGUCGCCCAGAAAUUGGUGACAAAUUUAGCAGCCGUCAUGGACAGAAAGGUGUGUGUGGCUUGAUUGUUCCUCAGGAAGACAUGCCUUUUUGUGAUACAGGCAUUUGCCCCGAUAUUAUUAUGAACCCUCAUGGCUACCCAUCCCGUAUGACAGUAGGUAAACUAAUUGAGCUACUGGCUGGGAAGGCUGGUGUUUUGGAUGGAAGAUUUCAUUAUGGUACAGCCUUUGGAGGCAGCAAAGUGAAGGAUGUCUGUGAAGACCUUAUUCGCUAUGGCUACAACUACCUUGGAAAAGACUACGUAACCUCUGGUAUCACAGGAGAACCUUUAGAAGCAUACAUCUAUUUUGGCCCUGUGUACUACCAGAAGCUAAAGCACAUGGUGCUUGACAAAAUGCAUGCCAGAGCUCGAGGACCAAGAGCUGUCCUUACCAGGCAACCCACUGAAGGUCGAUCACGAGAUGGAGGCCUGCGUCUUGGAGAAAUGGAAAGGGACUGCCUUAUAGGCUAUGGGGCCAGUAUGCUCCUUUUGGAGAGACUGAUGAUUUCUAGUGAUGCUUUUGAGGUGGAUGUAUGUGGGCAGUGUGGGCUGCUGGGAUACUCUGGCUGGUGCCAUUACUGCAAAUCUUCAUGCCAUGUGUCUUCGUUGCGCAUUCCCUAUGCAUGUAAACUACUGUUCCAAGAGCUACAAUCAAUGAACAUUAUACCCAGGUUGAAACUGUCAAGAUACAAUGAAUAAAUUGCCAAAGAAGAUAUGAAUUCAAAUAAAAUCACGAGACUACCUUUUUUCUUCUUUUUACCAGCAAUAAUAUAAAAAGAAGAUUACAUUUUCGCAUUCAGUUUUAUUAUGUUGCCUACUGAACUUCACAAUAUUGUCUCUUGUGAGAGGUUGACUAUUAAAAUGCCAAAUUAUUGGCAGUGCUGUAUUUACGGACUGGAGAAGAGGAUAUUUACUGGCAAAAGGAUUGUUGCUGGUGAUCCCUGGCCAGUAGUGCCAUAUCAAAUAGACUUGUAACAGAAUGUAUAAAUGACUCCAAAGAACAGUGAAAUAGUGUUUAGUGGAAGACAGCUAAAUGUUUUAUCGAAAAAUGAAUAAAGUCUUUAAAAAUCA